AGAACAUAGAUGCAGAGACACUUGUCAUCAGGAAGGUGUUCUCUCAGCACAACGGACAAUAUCUCAAUGACUUGACAUGUUCUGGCUGUGAAUUCAGGCUACAAGGGGUCAGUGCUCUAAAAUGAGUCUCUCUGGAGAGAGAGAGGAGGGGGGCCCUGCCUCUAAAAUGAGUCUCUCUGGGGAGAGAGAGGAGGGAGGCCCUGCCUCUAAACGGAGUGUCUCUGGGGAACAUGACACCAAAUCUAAGAGCCCAAUCAAGCAGGAGAGACCAGCCUCCCCUGUACCCAGCUGUGUGUCCAUGAAGAGUGACAAGUCUAUGGAGUUACCUAUAUACUUUAGCGAGGGAGACCUUUCUACUGAACAAAGAAACCAACAGGAGAGAUCAGAGUCAGAGAUUCUCAGUGGUCAGUCUUCCCAGAGUCAUCAAACAGACCUGGUCUCCAUAUUCAGUUUGCUUGAAGAGAAUAUUAUUGCAUUUGUGAAGAACGAGCUGAAGAUGUUCAAGAGGAUUCUUAGUCCAGAACUCCCAGAUGGCUUUGAGAGUCAGAAGCAGGAUAAGGAAGUGGUGGAUAUUAAAGAUGAGAAGCAGGAGAGCAGUGCCAGAGAGGGGGCUCUGAAGAUCACACUACACAUCCUGAGGAAAAUGAACCAGAAAGAGCUUGCUGACACACUGGAGAAAAAUGAGCUUGCUGUGAUUUACCAACGUGAACUCAAAUCUAAUCUAAAGAAGAAGUGUCAAUGUGUAUUUGAGGGGAUCGCUAAACAAGGAAACCCAACACUUCUCAAUAAGAUCUACACAGAGCUCUACAUCACAGAGGGUGGAACAGGAGAGGUCAAUAAUGAACAUGAGCUGAGACAGAUUGAGACAACAACCAGGAAACAAGCAAGACCAGAGACUGCAAUCAAAUGUAAUGACAUCUUCAAACCCUUAACUGGACAAGACAAAAUUAUCAGAACUGUGCUGACAAAGGGAGUCGCUGGCAUUGGAAAAACAGUCUCUGUGCAGAAGUUCAUUCUGGACUGGGCUGAAGGAAAAGCAAAUCAGGAUGUCAAAUUUGUAUUUGCAUUCCCUUUCCGGGAGCUGAAUUUGAUGAAAGGGGACAAAAACACUUUCAUUGAACUUCUCAAUCACUUAUCAAUGGAAACCAAACAACCAAGAAUCUCCAACUACGACAAGUACAAAGUUCUGUUCAUAUUUGAUGGUCUGGAUGAGUGCCGACUGCCCCUAGACUUCCAGAAGAACAAGAUCUGUUGUGAUGUUUCAGAGUCAACCUCAGUGGAUGUUCUGCUGACAAAUCUCAUCAAGGGAAAUCUGCUUCCCUCUGCUCUCCUCUGGAUAACUACCAGACCUGCAGCAGCCAAUAAGAUACCUUCAGUGUGUGUUGACCAGGUGACAGAGGUACGAGGUUUCAAUGACCCACAGAAGGAGGAGUACUUCAGGAAGAGAUUCAGUGACGAGGACCUGGCCAGCAGAAUCAUCUCACACAUAAAGACAUCAAGGAGCCUCCACAUCAUGUGCCAUAUUCCAGUCUUCUGUUGGAUUUCUGCAACAGUCCUUGAACACAUGCUGGAACAUAAGAGAGAAGAGAUGCCCAAGACUCUGACUGAGAUGUACACACACCUUGUGGUGUUUCAUACCAAACAGAAUAAUGAAAAGUAUCUUGGGAAAGAAGAGACAGGUCCACACUGGAGUAAAGAGAGCAUUCUGUCACUGGGAAAACUGGCUUUUCAACAGCUUGUGAAUGGCAAUCUGAUUUUCUAUGAAGAAGACCUGAAAGAGGCUGGCAUUGAUGUCAUUGAAGCCUCAGUGUACUCAGGAUUGUGCACACAGCUCUUUAGAGAGGAAUGUGGGCUGUACCAGAACAAGGUGUACUGCUUUGUUCAUCUGAGCAUUCAGGAGUUUCUGGCUGCUGUAUAUGUGUUCCUCUCAUUCAUCAACAACAACGAGAAUCUAAUGGACAAACAGCAAACAAAAUACGAGCUUGAAGUUACUGUCUACAAGAGUGCUGUGGAUAAAGCCUUACAAAGUGAGACGGGAAACCUGGACCUUUUCCUCCGCUUCCUUCUGGGCCUCUCACUGGAGUCCAAUCAGAAGCACUUAGGAGGUCUACUGACAAAGACAAGCAGCUCACAGAGCCAUGUAGAAACAGUCAAGUACAUCAAGGAGAAGAUCGGGGAGAAUCCCUCUCCAGAGAGGUGCAUCAAUCUGUUCCACUGUCUGAAUGAACUGAAUGACCAUUCUCUAGUGGAGGAGAUCCAAAGCUACCUGAGAUCAGGAAGUCUCUCAAAACCCAACCUGUCACCUGCACAGUGGUCAGCUCUGGUCUUUGUGUUGCUGACUUCAGAAAAGGAGCUGGAUGUGUUUGACCUGAAGAAAUACUCCAGAUCAGAGGAAGGUCUUCUGAGGCUGCUGCCAGUGGUCAAAGCCUCCAGAGCUGUUCUGCUGUCAGGCUGUGGAGUCACAGAGGAAGGCUGUGCUUCUCUGGUCUCAGCUCUGGAGUCAAACCCCUCACACCUGACAGAGCUGGAUCUGAGUAACAAUGAUCUGAAGGAUUCAGGAGUGAAGCUGCUCUCUGCUGGACUGGGGAAUCCCCACUGUAAACUGGAGACUCUGAGGCUGUCAGGCUGUCUAGUCACAGAGGAAGGCUGUGCUUCUCUGGUCUCAGCUCUGAGGUCAAACCCCUCACACCUGAGAGAGCUGGACCUGAGCUACAAUCACCCAGGAGACUCAGGAGUCAGACUGCUCUCUGCUGGACUGGAGGAUCCACACUGCAGACUGGAGAAACUCAAUGUGGAACAUGGUGGAGAGAACACAAUGAUACCUGGGAUUAGAAAAUAUGUCUGUGUUCUCACACUGGACCUAAACACAGUAAACAGACGCCUCUCUCUGUCUGAGGUGAACAGAAAGGUGACAUGUAGGAGAGAGAAGCAGCCGUAUCCUGAUCACCCAGAGAGAUUUGAGGACUGUGGACAGGUGCUGUGUAGAGAGGGUCUGACUGGGCGCUGUUACUGGGAGGUAGAGUGGAGUGGGAGAAUGGGAGCUGAUAUAGGAGUGACGUAUAAAGGAAUCAACAGGAGAGGAGGAGGUGCUGACUGUUGUCUUGGAUAUAAUGACAAGUCCUGGAGGCUGUUCUGCUCUGACAACAGUUACUCUGCCAGGCAUAAUAAUCAUCUCACUACCAUAGUCGUCCACCCCUCCAGCCCCCACAGAGUAGGAGUGUAUCUGGACUGGCCAGCCGGCACUCUGUCCUUCUAUAGAGCCUCCUCUGACACACUGACCCAUCUGAUCACAUUCACCUCCACAUUCACUGAGCCCCUCUAUCCAGGGUUUCAUCUUUGGUAUGAUGGCGACUCAGUGUCCCUGUGAGAGAGAGAGAGACACUGACAAACACACACACACACACACACACUAGCCUCCCAGUCAUCCCCUCCUUAUCUUUACAAGGCUGCAGAACAAGCUAGUGAUGUGGGGGUUCUCUCAUAAACCUCAGUCCACAGGUGGGUAGAUGGCAGGUUGUAUAAAGAGAAGCUAGUGAUGUGGGGGUUCUCUCAUAACCCUCAGUCCCCAGGUGGGUAGAUGGCAGGUUGUAUAAAGAGAAGCUAGUGAUGUGGGGGUUCUCUCAUAACCCUCAGUAUCCAGGUGGGUAGAUGGCAGGUUGAAUAAAGAGAAGCUAGUGGUGUGGGGGUUCUCUCAUAACCCUCAGUAUCCAGGUGGGUAGAUGGCAGGUUGUAUAAAGAGAAGAUGGUGAUGUGGGAGUUCUCUCAUAACCCUCAGUCCCCAGGUGGGUAGAUGGCAGGUGGGGGUUCUCUCAUAACCCUCAGUCCCCAGGUGGGUAGAUGGCAGGUUGAAUAAAGAGAAGCUAGUGGUGUGGGGGUUCUCUCAUAACCCUCAUUCCCCAAGUGGGUAGAUGGCAGGUUGUAUAAAGAGAAGCUAGUGAUGUGGGGGUUCUCUCAUAACCCUCAGUCCCCAGGUGGGUAGAUGGAAGGUGGGGGCUCUCUCAUAACCCUCAGUCCCCAGGUGGGUAGAUGGAAGGUGGGGGUUCUCUCAUAACCGUCAGUCCCCAGGUGGGUAGAUGGCAGGUUGUAUAAAGAGAAGCUAGUGAUGUGGGGGUUCUCUCAUAACCCUUAGUCCCCAGGUGGGUAGAUGGAAGGUGGGGGCUCUCUCAUAACCCUCAGUCCCCAGGUGGGUAGAUGGCAGGUUGUAUAAAGAGAAGCUAGUGAUGUGGGGGUUCUCUCAUAACCCUCAGUCCCCAGGUGGGUAGAUGGAAGGUGGGGGUUCUCUCAUAACCCUCAGUCCCCAGGUGGGUAGAUGGAAGGUGGGGGUUCUCUCAUAACCCUUAGUCCCCAGGUGGGUAGAUGGAAGGUGGGGGCUCUCUCAUAACCCUCAGUCCCCAGGUGGGUAGAUGGAAGGUUGAAUAAAGAGAAGCUAGUGAUGUGGGGGUUCUCUCAUAACCCUCAGUCCCCAGGUGGGUAGAUGGCAGGUUGUAUAAAGAGAAGCUAGUGAUGUGGGGGUUCUCUCAUAACCCUCAGUCCCCAGGUGGGUAGAUGGCAGGUUGUAUAAAGAGAAAACAAUAGGCUACAUAAAAAAAAAUCAAUAAAUGUAUAAUUAUGUGUGCAAUUUAUUAUUAUUAUUAUUAUAAAACCUUUAUUUAACCAGGAAGGGCUCAUUGAGAUUUAAAAUCUAUUUUCAAGAGCAUCCUGGCCACGAUAGGCAGCACCAUCAUUUAAAAAAUGACAGACAAACAACAUGAGAAACUACAAGUAAUCUAGUAAAAAACCAUAGAAUUCACAAGAGUAUAACAAAAUCAUAAAACAGCUAAUUAAAAAACAUUACACUAAGUGUAUAAAACAUUAAGGACACAUUUCUGUCCAUGACAAACUGACCAGGUGAAUCCAGGUGAAAGCCAUGAGCCCUUAUUGAUGUCACUUGUAGAUGAAGGGGAGGAGAUAGGUUAAAGAAUCGUUUUUAUCCUUGAUACAAUUGAGACAUGGAUUGUGUAUGUGUGUCAUUCAGAGAGUGAGUGAGCAAGACAAAAUAUUUAAGUGCCUUUGAACAGGGUAUGGUAGUAAGUGCCAAGCGCACCGGUAUGUGUGGCACCGGUAUUUUCCACCACCCAAAGGACAUCCAGCCUUGACAACUGUGGGAAGCAUUGGAGUCAACAAGGGCCAGCAUCCCCUUGGAACAUUUUCAACACCUUGUAGAAUCCAUUGAGGCUGUUCUGAGGACAAAAGUGGGGGAGGGGUGGGUGAGGUUGACAAAAUAUUAGGAAGGUGUUCUUAAUAUUUUGUCCACUCAGUGUAUAACCUAUAGACUACACUGCUCAGUUAGAGUAAUAUCUAGUCCACUCAGUGUAUAACCUAUAGACUACACUGCUCAGUUAGAGUAAUAUCUAGUCCACUCAGUGUAUAACCUGUAGACUACACUGCUCAGUUAGAAUAAUAUCUAGUCCACUCAGUGUAUAACCUAUAGACUACACUGCUCAGUUAGAGUAAUAUCUAGUCCACUCAGUGUAUAACCUAUAGACUACACUGCUCAGUUAGAAUAAUAUCUAGUCCACUCAGUGUAUAACCUGUAGACUACACUGCUCAGUUAGAGUAAUAUCUAGUCCACUCAGUGUAUAACCUAUAGACUACACUGCUCAGUUAGAGUAAUAUCUAGUCCACUCAGUGUAUAACCUAUAGACUACACUGCUCAGUUAGAAUAAUAUCUAGUCCACUCAGUGUAUAACCUAUAGACUACACUGCUCAGUUAGAAUAAUAUCUAGUCCACUCAGUGUAUAACCUAUAGACUACACUGCUCAGUUAGAAUAAUAUCUAGUCCACUCAGUGUAUAACCUGUAGACUACACUGCUCAGUUAGAAUAAUAUCUAGUCCACUCAGUGUAUAACCUAUAGACUACACUGCUCAGUUAGAGUAAUAUCUAGUCCACUCAGUGUAUAACCUAUAGACUACACUGCUCAGUUAGAAUAAUAUCUAGUCCACUCAGUGUAUAACCUGUAGACUACACUGCUCAGUUAGAGUAAUAUCUAGUUCACUCACUUUAUAACCUUUAGGCUACACUGCUCAGUUAGAGUAAUAUCUAGUCCACUCAGUGUAUAAC